AUGGAAAAUGGUAGUGAAACAUCUAGUGCCUCUACUGAGGAGAGUACUAACGAAUCUUCUGAAGAAGAUGAAGAGAUGAACUUCUGUAACCUUGAUAUGAGGGAUGCAGUUGUCCAUCUUUCUUCCUCUAUUAUGGCUUAUAAAGAUCUAGAUGUUGCCAUAGCAACUCCGAAUGGAGGUGGACUCACUAUUUUGAUAGAACUUUUAGGGCGAUCCAAGAUGGAAAUUAUUCUCAACAGAACUGGUUUUUCUAGUGGUUUCUUGCUCUUCACUUAUCUUGGAGUGUCUUUGUUCAAAGGUAAGCCUGAAUCUCCUUACUUUAGACCCAUUGCUAACAUAAUUCUUUCUAAAUUAUCUGGUUGGAAAGGUUCCAAUCUUUCUAUGGCAGAAAGAGUUUAUUUAUGUAAAUCCAUAAUUGAAGGAAUGCUAACCCACACCAUCUCAGUUUAUGUCUGGCUUGUUGCUCUUCUUAAGGAAAUUGAGAAAGUUGCUAGGAAUUUUAUCUAG